GAGCCAACAGUUGCGCUCGAUGUGUUUGUCGUUUUAAAGCGGUAAACUGCUGAAUGAGAGGACAUUUUAUUUUUAACAACUCUUAUUCAACUCUCAUUUUCAGUAUGAAAAGCAGCUUGUAAUUUCUUCUGCAUUUAAUUGGAUUUUAAAUUACCGACAUCAGUUGUUGAUGACAGAAAAUAAUGUCCCUGAACUGUGGCGUAUUGAACAUUGAGUCAUCUCGCGUGGACGUCCACAAAGCAGCGCGUCAUUUCAACGCUGUUUUGAGGUGUUUCCUUCGCAACGGCUGCGCGGCGUUUGUGCGACGGUCAUUCUGUGACAUAUAAUGACUAUGUCAGUCCCGGAGAGAAACUCUGGAUCCGAGGAGAGGGAAGAGGAGAGCGAGGAUGAGAGUGAGAUCGUGGAGGAGAGUCCCUGCGGCCGUUGGCAGAAGCGAAAAGAGCAGGUGAGUCAGGGGAAUGUUCCUGGAGUGGAGAGCGCCUCUCUGGCCAUGGACACUGAAGAGGGUGUUGAGGUGGUCUGGAACGAGGUUCUCUUCCAUGACAAGAAGGUCUUCAAGACAGUGGAGGACAAAAUGAAGGAGAUGUUUGAGAACCUGAUGCAGGUGGAUCAUCCAAACAUUGUCAAAUUUCACAAAUAUUGGCUGGACAUCGGGGACAAUCAUGCUCGGGUUGUGUUCAUCACUGAGUACAUGUCGUCUGGCAGCUUGAAACAGUUCCUUAAAAAGACCAAGAAAAACCACAAGACCAUGAAUGUCAAGGCCUGGAAACGCUGGUGUACACAGAUCCUCUCUGCCCUCAGUUACCUGCACUCCUGUGACCCUCCCAUAAUUCACGGCAACCUCACAUGUGACACCAUCUUCAUUCAGCACAACGGCCUCAUUAAAAUUGGAUCAGUUUGGCAUCGACUCUUUGUGAAUGUGUUCCCAGAAGGGGGUGUCCGCGGUAAACUACACCAAAACCGAGAUGAUAAGAGGAACCUGCACUUCUUCAGUCCAGAGUAUGGCUCAUGUGAAGAUGACUACGCCAUUGACAUCUUUUCCUUUGGGAUUUGUGCUUUGGAGAUGGCCGUGUUGGAGAUCCAGGCAAAUGGAGAUUCAGUUGUGUCCAAGGAGGCCAUAGCCAAUGCGGGCCAAUCAUUAGAAGACCCGCUUAUGAGGGAGUUCACCCAGAUGUGUGUGCGUCACAAUCCCAGACUCCGGCCGACGGCGCAUGACCUGCUGUUUCACCGUGUGCUGUUUGAAGUGCACUCACUGAAGCUGCUCGCAGCACACUGCCUCAUCAAUAACCAGUACAUGCUUCCAGAGAACUGUGUGGAGGAGAAAACCAAAUCAUUCGACCCAAAUGGAGUCUUGGCAGAGAUUAUUCACAAAGAUCGUCCUCGCGUUCAGCUUAAGUAUUCUCAUGUUUCUCCUCUGGAGCUGGACAAGUUUCUGGAGGAUGUGAAAAAUGGCAUUUACCCUCUGAUGAACUUUGCGUCCACUCGACCCCAUCCCGUACCUCGUGCCCUCUCCAUGUCCCAAGAGCAGGUGGAGACAGUGAAGACCCCCACGCCCGAGCCGCAAGAGGCUGAGACCAGGAAGGUGGUACAGAUGCAUUGUAACCUGGAGUCUAAUGAAGAAACUACUAAAACUCAUCUCACUCUUUUCUUGAAACUGGAUGAUAAACUCCAUCGGCAGCUCAGCUGUGAUAUUAUGCCAAAUGACAGUUCCAGAGAUUUGGUCAAUGAACUUAUCCAUCAUUCCUUCAUCAGUGAGGAGGAUGGUGACAAGAUCAUGGCGUUCCUGGAGGAAGCUUUGAACCGACACCGUGGCUCUGCUAGUGCUGUAACAACCAUAUGAAUGACAAUGGUCUGUUGCGAUGGCGAUGGACAUUUACAUGCCAGUGGAACCUGAGAGGGAGGACCGCCAACAGAAGGAGAAGGACAAUGGAAAGGAAUGAUCCAGUUUGUCAGUUAGUAUGGAUAAUUGAAAUUGUGGUCAAAAAGAUGACAGAACAUGGAAUACUGGUUUUAUGACAACAUGUGAUUGACCAGGUUAGGGGGCACCAAAAAUGCCCAUCUAAGAUGAUUGUGCUAACCUCCCCGAGUCUCCGUCCAGCACUUCCAGGUGUCACUGUAGGAACCGUCCUUCCCACAAUCCCAUGGGAUGUUUAAGGGCAAUUCGACUUCUCUUGAGAAAAGUCGUAUGUGGUGUAGGUUGGAGGUGUCUGCUGUGGAGAGCUCAAUAGAUGAAAAUAAAGUUUAGGAAAGCUAAUUUGUUACAGUUCAAUAUUGCCAAUCUUCUUCAUUUUGUGACAUAACACAUAAAAACUACUGUUAGGCCAGAAACAUACUCUACGCAAGUAUGCUAAUACAGAUGCCAACACAUUGCAAGUGCAUGUGCGUUUUUGUGUUACUGUGGUGUUAAAAAACCUCAGUACUCGGUGAUAGAGUUGCACUAUAUAUGUCAUUAAACCAGAUUUGUUGAUCUAGCUAGCUAUAAACAUCAGAAGUUAAGCUUAACGCUAAGAAUGCAAUGUCUAUUUGUCUUAUGAAUUGUGUUUGGCCACGUUUUUUAAAAUCAGAGGUAGCAUAGCUAGAAGCAUUAACAUUGACUUACUUGCGUAGAUAAUGUUACUGUCCUGAGGAAAUAAUAAACUUAGCAUUAAUAUGGCAUGAUUGGAUAGAAGGGUCAACUAGAAUGUACAUUUUCUGGGGAGUUACCUGUCUUUUAGCUUGUCAGUUUCCCCAAAAUGCUAUCUUCCAAAUAUAUCUUAUGAAAGAAGUUGCGUUCAGGCCAAUCAAAUGAAUGUGAUUGUAAUUCUCUCUGCAGUCCACACAUUGCCCUGUCAGCUAUCACGAGAAUGUCUUGAAAUGCAGUUGGAGUGUUUUGCAUAUACAGGAAUGUAUUGCCUUAUAUAAACAUUGCUGUUUGCUGGUGUCUAAUAACACUAAUUGAAAAUAAUUUCAGAACCACACAUUUUAUACAGAUCGCACAUGUAAGAAACGUGAAGGAUCCUGGUUAGUCAACCAGCUAACCAGCUGUCAAACUAUAUGGUUUUGGUGAUGACUUUUGUGGAAUGCGUUAAGAUGUAUACAUUUCUGUGGGAUACACUAAGAAGUUCUUUGUCAUGAGCAUUUACCUAACUGAAUAAAGUUAAACUAUCUCUAUUAAAAUGACUAAAUUGAUUUUCACAAUUUUCUCAGAUUUUAUCACUUUUUUUGUCCUGUGAUGUGAACCAACUACAAAUUACAUGUAGCCUUGUUUUAUGGUCUCAUUAAGGGAUUCAUAGUAAUUAUUAAUACGCAAAAUACCUGUUUGAAAUAUUUUAAAUGGAGUAUGGUAUGGGUAAACAACCCCAUCUAGCGAUUAUUUUUUUAAUCGAUUCCGUGGGCCGCGGCUGCAUUUAAUGUGCACGGGUAGAUACUGUGCUGUAUUCUGUUUGUUACUAGUUCUCCACAAAAAACUUGAACAUGAUCUAAGUAUCUAAACUCCCACGAAAUAGUUUUUUUUUCAUUUGUAUACGUGGGCUUUCGCUUGACGCAUGCAGUGCGUGUUAUUUUGAUUCUACACUGACAACAAAGCUCAAGACUCGGAAUCACUGAACAAAGUGUAAAAAGGAUGGCAAUAAACUAAAUCAAGGAUGUCCACUAUUCAUAAGUAUGUAAAGUGACCUUGCAUGUUGCCUUUUUGUUUUUGUAAACUCGUCUGUCACAAAGCAGAUUCGAUUAGAAUCGGAUCCUAUAGAAUCCCACUCUUACAAGCAUAGCAUGUUGCACCACAGGUUAACCCCCAGUUUUCGUCCAGGACAGGUCAAUGACAUUUUUAGUACUAUUCUUUUUCUUGCUACUGUUUUUGAUAUCUUUUUAUUUUCUAAUCCACUGAAACAUGAUGUUUUCUAUAAAAUGUCUGCUUCACCACUGAUAUGUUUGUGUGUUAUUAAGCUGUUUCACUUCCUCUCACAGCAUUUGCGGUUGAUCCCAGCAGGUUCUUGAAGAAAGUUUUUGUAUGGGUCUUUAUUACUGUGUGAAUCUAUGACCACCUAAGUCACUAAAGCAAUAAUAUUCGCCGCUAUCUUCAUUCUGUGCUCCACUGAUGACCAGCUGGAAAUUUUUACCAGAUCCACUUCCACUAAAUCGAGAUGGGGUGGAAGAAUAUCGGGUAUCUCCACUAUGGAUGAGGAGUUUAGGAGCAUCUCCUGGUUUCUUGAGGUACCAGCUAAGACAGUAUUUACUAUUGCACCAUUUACCAACAUCAAGACUGGUUCCACAUGUUAUUGUAACUGAUUGUCCUGAUUCAACAGUCUUCUUCGAAGGGCUUUGAGUCGCUUUCGCUUCACUGGAGUCUGUUAAUGGUAAUACAAUUAUUAAGACACAAAGUACAAAAAAAUGUAAAUACAACAAAGAAAAGUAGAGUUUAAAGCUGAAAGUUACCUUGAACAGAACGAGUCAGUGACAUAAAAAAGAUGACAAGAAAAAUUAAAAAUGCCAUUUUUGUUGAGGUUUGAUUAUUAUAAAAGCAGAUCAUAGUUAUGAGGUUAAAGCCAUAGGAUUAUAUAGCCGACAGUAUCGCUCCACUGAAAUGACAAUGCAAAUUGUGCUGUUCACAUGAAAAUAAUCUGGCAACACUUUACAAUAAGGUGUCAUUUGUUAACAUUAGUUAAUGUAUUAACUAACAUGAACAAACGAUAAACAAUGCAUUUAUUACACUAUUUAUUCAUCUUUGUUAAUGUUAGUUAAUGAAAAUACAGUUGUUCAUUGUUAGUUCAUGUUACUUCUCAGUGCAUUAUCUAAUGUUAACAAACACAACUUGUGAUUUUAAUAAUGCAGUAGUAAAUGCUGAAAUUAACAUUAACUAAGAUUAAUAAAUGUUGUAGAAGUAUUGUUCAUUCUUAGUUCAUGUUUACUAAUGUUGUUAACUAAUGAACCUUAUUGUAAAGUGUUACCAAUAAUCUUCACUUGAACACCGGAAUUAUGCCAUUAAAGUUUAGGUAGAUAUCUAACUAAAUAUAAAGAAACUAAAAAUAAAAGUCUAUAAAUUAUGAUAUUUUACUAACCUGUUUAACAGUGCAUAAUAUCAGGCCAUAAAAUAAUAGUAUGAAGGAUAAUGAAGGCCAAAAAGAGAUUUGCUCCUAAUGCAACAGUAUUGACCUAUGAUCAUAUUUUAUUUUGUACACCCUAUAAAAUUCAAGUUGUAUUAUAUAAGCAUAAAAAUUUACUUGGGUGUAAUUUCAUGUGUAACAGGUUUCUGUAUAUAGUAUGUAACAGAACUUUAAAUCUUAUAGUUUGAUUAAGCAAGUCAAACGUUGUAUACAUUUUUUUUUUUUUUAAAUAUACACUUUUAAAACAUUUAAAAAAAUAUAUGACAAUGAUGUUCGAAUAAGUUCAAGAUAAAUAAAGCAAAUAAAGUUUUGCUUUAUUUAAAUGAUGCAUGCUGUUGCUGUUCAGUAAUCUAAUAUGAUUUUACAAUUAUAUUAAUAUUUGCAAUUUAUCGCAUUUUAAUUUUAAUGUAAGAAUAUUAUAUAUUAUAUUAUAUUUUAAGACAAAUGGGCCAGGAUUUAACAUGACAAUUAAAUAGAUUUUGCUUCAUUUAUUGUAAGUAAAUAAAUGGUGUUGUCAUAAUUUUUGCUUUUAAAAGUAAAAUGUCUAUUUUUAGCAUUUUGUUUAAAUGUUUUCUUGCCCUAUAUAUAUAUAUAUAUAAAAAAGGAUGUAAGAGUGAAUUAAAUAUUAUAAAAAAAAAAAAAAACAUUUAUACAGUCUUUUAUCACGGAGAACAACACCUCGGUUCAAAAGUAUUAAAAAUAACAUUAUAAAUAGUUAAAUAGCAUUAAAAACUUGAUCUGUAAUUUAAACGAGAUUCGCUAAUGCAUAAUCUAGAUUUAAUCUCAGUUUUACUGGCACAUUAAAUUAAUAAAAGUCUAAAACUGUAUGUAAAAUAAACUUUAAUCUCUAAAUCCUAAAUCGUACUAUAUAACCAGUCAGUGUGUUAUUGUGCUGUUUCUCUUCCUCCCCAUCAGCACCUGCGUUGUGUAUCAGUGCAGUCAGUGUGAAUGAGACUGAGGGAGGUUUUUGUACGACCCUUUAUCACUGUGUGAACACAUACUUAUUGUCAAUCUUGUGUCGGGUCAUACAGUAAUAUUGUGCUUCGUCUUCUUUCUGGACUCCACUGAUGGUCAGAUUGAAGUCAGUGUGAGCGCCAUUGCCGCUGAAUCUAGAUGGGAUAUUUGUGUGGCGUUCAUGUAUGUAAUAAAUGAGGAGUUUGGGAGCGUGUCCAGGUUUGUGCUGGUAACCAGAACACACAGUUCCUCCAGAGACUACAGUCAGCAACAGGUGAGUUGGUUUUGCAGUUUAUUUUGACCGUUUCAUCACGUUGAGAAGUUAGGACUUGAGGAGGUUGAGUUACUGUCACUUGUGCAUUUGAGCCUGUAAAAUAAAUGGUUAGAAAUCUCUUCAUCAUGUCUGAUUAAAAAUAUAAAGCAUUACUUAUUUGACCUACCUUGAAUACCAAUGGCCAGUAUGCAGAUGGGAAUGAUGGAAAACAUAGCUGUUGUCAGCUCUACUGUCAUUAAAUGUUGCUCUUGUACAAGAAACACUAAACCGACAAGGUUAUAAAGACCAGUUAAGGUUAAAGUUCUGUUAAUGCAAAUGAUCUUGUCAGUGUAAAUACUUCUUUCGUUGGGCGGUAUAGGAUAUGUUUCUAUGUGGAAAAAGUUGUUCCUAUUAGAGUAGAUGUCUCACUGUCUCACAACUUCCUCUAAAGGAUAUAGAUUAAAGUGUAUCAUAAAGAUGAAAUAUUUCUGAGUAAAAAUGUCACAUGUAAGGAGGGAGUUAAAGUCCUUAAACAUAGCUACUAAUCUACCUUUUUGUAACUGACUUAAAAAAUUGAUGACAAGUUUUGAAUAAAAAGAAAAAAGAGGAUACUGUGCUCUCUUCAAUCCACAUGUAACAUGAUUUCAAGUCAUCAAUAAAUUCUUUAAAAAAAAUAAAUAAAAGAAAGUAAAAGCUCAAUACUUGAAAUUCAUUUACUCUUUAUGGAAAAAAGGAUUACAUGCUGAGAUGCAAGCAAUGCUGUCUUUAGUAUUACAGAGUGCAAAAAAAUUAAAUUAAUAAAUAAAACCUACAACAAACAUUUCAGUUUCAGAAAAAAUAAAAUAAAAGUUGAAUAACUUUUUAAGACUAGUCUAAGCAGUUUAUGCAACUGGCCACAAAUUUUACUCUUAAAAAGACUUUUGUUGGUGUUGCUAACUACCUACUUUACUUUGUUGAGUAUAGAUUUAGUUAGUGUAUAUUAAUGUUCUUGUAUACUCGUAACAUUUCUGUAAGUGUUCCAGUUUAGCUAUUACAGCUAAUUUUAAGUUAAAUUAAUAGUCUGUUUAAUGUAAUCAGGUUGUUUUUAGUCCUAUUCGAUAAUGUUUUUGAUUUGAAUACAAUCAGUUAAUGUGUAUUUUUUAAAUUAGAUAUUACUAUUUUAUAUUUUUUAUAUAUAUUUUAUAUAAAAGUUUUGUCUGGUUAUUAUUUAUAUAACAAUUUUUAUUGUGUAGGAUCCUGAAAAAUAAAUGUGUAAUUCUAAUGAAAACCUGAUAAACCCUCAAGUCUCUUAAUACUGAAGAUAUUUUGAAUAGAUAUCAUUGUGUUUUAAAAAUAUAAGAGAACAAAUAUCAGCAGACCAUUUAUGAACAUUAUUUAAUUGAUUGAUCACAAUUAAAAAGUAAAAAAUUCAAAAAGUUAUUUUGGUUAUUAUAGAUAGAGUUGUUGAGUUGAGCAGCUGUUGAACUAUUUACUAUAUGAACUUAAAAAAAACUAUAUAGAUAAAAGUUAUAUACUAAAUACAGAAGUCAUUCAACAAUUUAGUUUACAUUUCACAUCCAUUGAUAAUAAUUAUAUAUUUUAUCUAAAAAUUUUCUCCAGAAACAUAAUAUUUUAUCUGUUAAUUCGAAGCAUAUUAUCAUCUCACACAAAUAUUUUGUGCACCUGUUUCAGUUUCCUUGAAAUUGCCUUGAUGUCCCUUAAAUUAGAGUUUUUUCAAUGUUCAUUUUUAAGUGAGUUAAAAAAAUAAUGAAUAAAAGUGGUUAAAGCAAAUUUCAUCCGUAUUCUGCAUUUCUCCUCCAUAUGUGUGUGCAUAACAUGUCAGAGGUGACUGAGGGCUGAAGAAAGUGAGCAGAAUGGGUUAUUCAGCUGCAAUAAAAUCCCUCAAGUAAUGCUGGGAGACAGGAGAGCUGCGUGUCUGCAGAGUAACACAUGACAAGAUCCCAUAAACCAGGCAAUCCUGAUGCUUCCCAGUAGAUCCUGCUCUCUCCUGGGAAUGAAGCCAUAUCUGAGUCCCCUACGACAGGUUUACCGCAGUCAGUCAACAAUCUACACCUUCUCGCAGAGCUUCAACACACUAAAGACCAGACCUGAAUUCCCAGGAUCCAAGGCUGUUUCUGGCUAUUUUAAUGCCAUAUAGGCGGACUGUUUCCCUUGCUGGCGUCUUCUUAACAGGCAAUCACCUAGUUUGCCUAGAAACAGCUCUGUCUGGGAUGAAAAUCUUCAUUAAAAUAUUUUAAUCUGCACAAUCUGCCACAGCCUGCACUUCUUGCAUUGACAUUUCGCUUGACAUCCAAAAUUUACAGAACUGCAGCUCUGAGCAGUUAAUGCUGAAUACAAAACCACCUCUUUGUCUCCGCAGUUGUGCUUUAGGCAUUAAAAGAAGUGAGGGAUAUCGAUUACGGUGUCGCUCGUGUGAAGGGGGACAGGUCCUUUCCUGACUAAUUUGUAGGAAAAUGCACCUUGUGGCUCCUCCCUUGACACAGUGUUUAUUCAGCAGAAAUAAUUGGUAAUAGCUGAAAGGUAACGUGAGCAGAAUGAUCAUAUUUCUGCCUGUGCCGGUAACGUCUCAUGCAUUUUUAUGCAGUACAGCAGCAGUAUUAGAACCGAUAAUGUUCAGUAAUUAAAGCUGCAUGAAUGGGUGAAAUGGAGCCUAUACUGAAACUCAUUGCUUAUUUCAUAGCGUAGUACAGUGGUUCUCAACAUUUUUCAGUUGGCAGACUAUUAAAAAAAGAAAAAUUGAGGACCACCAAACACCCUAAAUCUCUUUUGUUCAUAAUUCAUUGCAGUUCACUAAACUGCACUUCAAUUUGCAAUUCAAAUUUGAAUAUAAGCAUGUAUAUAAUAUAAUCAAAGAAAUUAACUUAAACUGUAAAUUUUAACCAGAAAAACAAUUUGUCAAAAAUGAUAGAUAGAUAGAUUACAUAUUAAAAUAAAUAAAAAUUGAAUCAAGUUGUUUUAAAUUGCAAAAAUAUACUUUUACUGUACUUUUAAGUUUACUGUAUUUUUGAUCAAAUAAAUGCAGCCUUGGUGAGCAUAAGAGAAUUAUCCACCCAGAAUCUUCAAACAAAAAUCUUAUAAACCCCAAACUUCUGUAAGGUUAUAUAGACAGAUCUAUAGGUGGCUAAUUUGUACAAAUUCAUAUGAUCUCACUCAUAUGAAUUCAUAUGGUUUUUGCUAAAUUGUACGUAUUUUAAGAGUUCCCCAAUUCGUAUGAAUGACCUACCCCUAACCCCUCCUCUAAACCUACCCAUAACAGGGGUCUACACAAAUUGUAGAAAUUUGUACGAAUUAUCCACCUCAUAAAAUACGUACGUAUUGGUCGUGAGAUAGUGUUGGGUUUUGAUCAUUUUUGCUGGUAGCAGUCGUAACUACACCAUUAUGUGGGCAUAAAGCCUGUUUUCUCCAUUAAAGGCCAUUCAAAAUAAGCCAUCUCAGAAACUGAAGCAAUGAUGCAAAAAUGACGGCAUCCUAGCUUAGAGAAUGCCAUUGAGAUGAAAGCGAAUGCUCCCUUGACAUACAAUAUUUCAGAUCUCCUUGGUAAGCUAAUAGCUUACUACCUAAAUAAAACACAUAUUAGUGAUUUCUUGCUUGAAAUUUCUUAACAUUUCAAACUGCUAAAAACAGACAUAUUUGAUCCAUCACGCCACUUUUAAAAGUAAUUGGCCCGUUCCUUUAAGGAGUGCAUUUUCCUUCGAAGCACUGUUGUGAAUCUUAAAAUCAAAUGUUGUGGUUCAUUGCUAAUUUGGUUCAAGAGUUAGAACUGUUUACUGCCAAAAAUUCAGAAAUGAUUAUAUAGAAAAUGAAUGAGAAAUUAAGCCUGCUUCUGAAACCCAGACGUGGUUACUGUUGAGCUCUAUGUUGUCAGUCCUUCUAGAGAAAAGAUUUGUGUGAUUGAUGAUAGUGAAUUUGAUUUCCUUAAUUCGAAUUUGAUGAUCAUAGUUUGAGACAUUUUACCACAACAAAUUACAACACAAGUACCAAACGGGGAGCAGAAAGGAGGGCGGGAGUAAUCCGACUCAUCCCGCAGGAAUGGUACUGCAGUGAUGAGCCAUUCUAAAAUAAUGUGGCUGAUCCAGGCCAAUUUGUUUUGAAUCACUGGGAUUUGACUACGUCUCGGUUAGUGAUCCUAAAAUAAUGGGAGUUGUCAUGGACAAAAGGAGGAGACAAAAUAAAUCCAUGCGAAUCAGGGCUGGCGCUUCAGAGCGCAUCGGGGUAUUUUCCUCCAUCUGACAUUAGUACAGUAAAUCCAGGCCACGGCUGAUGUUUACUGCUGCUGUCCGCACUUCCUGUCGGAUCCUUUUGUGUACACAGUGCCCUGCUGUCCCUCGAAAAUAUGUUGUUUUCUGCCAUCACUUACUCAAAAAUAGAUUUCUGCUACCUGCUCAAGUUACUUAUAGAAUUAACUAAUGGAGCAUAGUCCUUGUCAGGGAGUAAUUUAAAAUGAUAAAGUUUAUUUCAUCUGUUUGCGUAGAGAUUACAUGAAUCAUGUUUGUUCAUUCCUGCAGGGGAUUUCUAGUUCCCGGAAUUGCCGUAAUUGGGAGAAUAAAUGUUGAAAUUAAGUGUUAUUUUAUGUGUUUUGAGUAGGAUGAGAAAAGAGGGAGACUUUUUCGUGUUGCAAAUGAUCUGUUAUGUUGGGAUUUAGAGAGCUUUUAUCUUUUUGGGAGUUACCGUUGUGGUGAAGAGUGGAGUAAUAAUAAUAGAUUUUUUAAUGCAGUUAACUGAACAAUCGUUUGUGCAUGUGCACAAUUUUUAUUUGGAUAUUUGGGAUUCAGCCCAAUCUUUCUGAAUCUUUGAAUCAAUGCUUUGCGAAAUAAUUUGAAUCUAUUGAAAUACUGUACGCCGGUGACACCUAUUGGUCAAAAACGCCAGUGAAGCUUCAAAAUAGUGUGCUUGUGAAAAUGACUGCCAUUUUCACUGCUAACUUUAUGAAACAUCGGUCUACAAUAUAAAAUUGCAGAGAGCUUUAUAUAUACAUGGCAUUUUAAAAAUAUUAUUUCAUAUACACACUACCAUUCAAAGGUUUGGGGUUUGUAACAUUUAAAAAAAAAUACAAAAUUUUUUAAGUCUUCUAUACUCACCAAAGCUGCUUUUAUUUGAUAUCAAUGUUAAAACUGUAACAUUGUGAAAUAUUAUUACAAUUUAAAAUAGUUUAAUAUUUCUCUUUUGAUACUUUUUAAAAUGUAAUUAUUUCUGUGAUAAAAGUUGAAUUUUUAGUGUCACGUGAUCCUUCAGGAAUAAUUCUAAUAUGCUCAAGAAAUAUUUCUUAUUAUUCUUAAUGUUGAAAAUAGUUGUGCUGCUUGUUUUUUCAUUAAAUCAUCCAUUCAGUUAUAAUUCAUUUAUUGUGGAAUCUUUGAUGCAUUUUCUAGGAUUCUCUGGUGAAUAGAAAGUUCAAAAGAACAGCAUUUAUUAGAAACAGAAAAAGUAUUUUUCUAAAAUGAUAAAUAUCUUUAUCACUUCCGAUCAAUUAAAUGCAUCUUUGCUGAAUAAAAAUCCUGCUCUUUUGAAUGCUAAAUAUAGAAUGGAUGCAUGAAUAGGACAAACAAGAGCAAUUAUUCUUGAAGAGAAUGUAAGAAAUAAAGAAAAUCAUAGCUGGUU